AUGCUUCAUCACCUCAGGAAUGUCUCCGGGCCUGAACAAGAAGUUGCGAAAAUGAUGGCAGACUCUUUCUACGUUGAUGACCUGCUCACCGGCACCGAUACAGCAGAAGAGGCUAAAUGCAUCAUAAAGACCGCAACUGCCAUAAUGCGUGACGCUUGCAUGCCGUUAAAGAAAUGGGCAUCAAACUGUAGUGAAAUUCAAGAUCACGUCGAUAGCACGAAGUCGGGAGUUUCUCAACAUGAACUGAUUCGAGAUACCGAAGGUGACGAGACAGCUAGAGUACUCGGACUAACUUGGGACACCAGACUGGAUACACUGAAUUUCAAUGGACCGAACGUCCUCGAAGCACUCAGUCAAGUAGGCGACAGCAAACGCCCGGUGCUUCAGACAGUCGCGAAGAUCUUCGAUCCACUCGGACUGGCCGCACCGUUCUCUAUCAAGGCCAAAAUGGUAUUUCAACAACUUUGGCAGCAAGGUGUGGGGUGGGACCAGCCAAUACCGGACAGAGUCAAGGGUGACUGGGACUCCUGGAAAGCAGAACUGGCGGAUCUACUUAAUGUAUCUGUUCCACGGAACCUGAAGAGAGCCCCUCUCAAGAAAUUAUCGCUUCCCAGGCUGGAGCUCAUGGGAGCUCUCAUUGCUGCCAGAACCGCAAAAUUUGUCAAAUACGCGCUACGUAUGCCGUCUGUUCCGACAUAUUUCUGGGCGGACUCCAGCAUUGCACUCACUUGGAUAAAAGGACGAGCUGCAAGAUGGAAGGUUUUUGUGUGCAACCGCGUAACGGAGAUUCAGGCAACGUCGACAGCGGAUCAAUGGCGGUACUGCCCAGGAAAACAAAACCCCGCGGACUGUUUGACGCGGGGCAUGACAAUUCACGCAUUGUUAAGGAGCUCGCACUGGUGGGAAGGUCCCAACUGGCUCAAGGACGGAGAGUCUCAGUGGCCAAAAUUUGAUGCUCCGUCCCGGACGGAAGAAUCGAACAUGGAAGCCUAA